CGGCAGCGCGCGCACGCUUUGCUCCUUCCACUGUACGGACCGUGCGUAGCGACAAAGACGGCGAGCCUGAAAGCACACGGGCAGGGAAGAAAGAGGCGACCCGCUUUCGUCGUCAAAGCCCCCGUUAGCGACGUCCUCGUCGGCCUAGACUGAAACGCUCCGCCGGGGGUUGAAUUGGAGCCGGGACUUGGGCGUUCGGAGGAGAAGAAGCCCGCUGCGACUCGUCGAUUUUCAGCGAGGGAGCCGCCAUGGCCGUUGGAUCCCCGAGCCUCCUCAUCGGGAUAUGAAGACGGGCUGUAUGUGUCCGGAACUGCCCGCGCCGAACCAUCCGUGCGAACGUCUGUCGUAGAAACUAGAUUGUGGAUUUUAAAUCGGGGGGAACCAGCGAGGAGAAGCCGUGUCUGGAGCGGUUCAAUGCGGGGUUGUCAGCGGCCCAUUGAUAGAACUCGAGGGAAGAUGCACUGAUUUUAACGCCUUCUUCGGGUCAAAGUGGUGGAUUUGUGGACACGAGGAUCGCUCUAUAGUGUCGUUCUUGUUUUUUGGAUGAAAAGCUUCGGUGAAUCGAUCCACUUCGUCGCGCAGUGAAGCCCUCAAGCCUCCCAGAAUCGAAGCCGUCGGAUCAUGUCGGGUCGGCCCAGGACCACAUCCUUCGCUGAAAGCUGCAAACCAGUGCCGCAGCCCUCCGCCUUCGGAAGCAUGAAAGUCAGCAGGGACAAAGACGGCGGCAAGGUGACGUCCGUCGUGGCGACUCCAGGCCAAGGCCCCGACCGACCACAGGAAGUGAGCUACACAGACACAAAGGUCAUCGGCAACGGCUCGUUCGGCGUGGUCUACCAGGCCAAGCUGUGCGACUCUGGAGAGCUUGUGGCCAUCAAGAAGGUCCUGCAGGACAAGAGGUUUAAGAAUCGCGAGCUGCAGAUCAUGAGGAAGUUGGACCACUGCAACAUCGUCCGCCUGCGCUACUUCUUCUACUCCAGCGGGGACAAGAAAGACGAGGUUUACCUGAACCUGGUUCUGGACUAUGUUCCCGAGACCGUCUACAGAGUCGCCCGACACUACAGCCGAGCCAAGCAGACUCUGCCUAUGGUUUACGUCAAGCUGUACAUGUACCAGCUCUUCAGGAGUCUGGCCUACAUCCACUCGUUUGGAAUCUGCCAUCGGGACAUCAAGCCUCAGAACCUGCUCCUGGACCCUGAGACCGCAGUGUUGAAACUCUGCGACUUCGGAAGUGCCAAGCAACUGGUGCGUGGGGAACCCAACGUUUCCUACAUCUGCUCCCGCUACUACCGAGCGCCUGAGCUCAUCUUCGGCGCCACGGACUACACCUCCAGCAUCGACGUGUGGUCAGCCGGCUGCGUGCUGGCCGAGCUGUUGCUAGGGCAACCCAUCUUCCCCGGCGACAGCGGCGUGGAUCAGCUGGUUGAAAUCAUCAAGGUCCUGGGCACGCCCACCCGGGAGCAGAUCCGGGAGAUGAACCCCAACUACACAGAGUUCAAGUUCCCUCAGAUCAAGGCACAUCCUUGGACUAAGGUGAGUCAACAGGUGUUCCGGCCGCGCACGCCCCCGGAGGCCAUCGCCUUGUGCUCCCGCCUGUUGGAGUACACGCCCACCGCCCGUCUCACCCCCCUGGAGGCCUGCGCACACUCCUUCUUCGACGAGCUGCGCGACCCCAACGUCAAACUGCCCAAUGGGCGGGAGAAGCCCUCGCUCUUCAACUUCACCACCCAAGAGCUUUCCAGUAACCCCUCUCUGGGCUCCAUCCUGAUCCCUGCCCACGCCAGGAGUCAGGCCGCCGCCUCCACCCCAACCAACUCCUCAGCCACCACAGGUUAGAAUGUUAGCAGCUCAGAGCGAGUGACCAGCACCACCUCGGCCUCCGCCUCAGCAUCCAACUCCACCUCCUGAGCCCUUCACCUGGCCCUCCUGUCCCGGUCUCAGCCCAUGGCCCCUCCACUGCCCCGGCCAGGGGGUGAGCUGGCUCAGCCCUGCUCCCUCCCCCUCCCCCGAGGGCGGCGGAGCCACGCCGACGCAGUCUGGGUUCUACUGCGACACCCCCCCGCCCCAAUCCAUCCGACCCCCGCCGCCCAGCCGCUGGACCUCCACCCUCAGUCACACGUCUCUUUCUCUCCUCCACCAGAGGAGCCUGUCGUCUGAACUGAUGUUCGCCUGCUAAUGUUUGUUAAAGGACAAUCUAUAUUCAAGUCCUUUGCUGUCCCCUUCGCCCCCCCUUUUUUCCACUCACUGUCAAAAACUUGUGUUGCAUCCUGUGACCUUUAACCCCCUCACCCCCCACCAUUGGUUUGUGCAUGGCCUGAGUAUGAUUCAGACGAUCCGGGCGGAGAUGGGGGUCACCUGCUCACUUCACACACCCCCCCCUCCACUUACGGCAUGAGGCUCACGUAUACACACACACACACACACACACACACACACGGAUGCAUGAUGAUCCUGAUGUUUGUGGAUGAAAAGAAGAAGCAGGGGUUCGGACAUUUUUUCCUUUCUUUCUUGAGGUUUUUAAAUGGGUAGAAGCUGAUUUACUUGUCUUUUAUUUGGACUCCUUGGCAGAUUUUUUUUCAAUGGAUGUGUCAUGUAUCUGGUCCUGUUUGCUUGUAUAAUAUAUACAUACAAUAAUGAAAUGUGCGUACACACAGUUUAUAUAUUACUUUUCCUUCUGUAUAAAAAGUAUAUAUAGAUAUAUGUAUAUUAACUGCGAUGGUUCAGACGGGGUUUUACGUCGCGCUCAUAUCUGGCGGAGCAAUAUUUGCGGCCGCCCGAAGACCAUGGAUUUAGACCCCGUCGCUUGUUUGUUUUUGCCGGUCGGAUCCCGGCGGCCACUUCUCCUGUGUAGUCACGCUGUAGAUGGCGCUCUGUUCCUCGUCUUCGUACCGGCUGUGUGUAGCGGUGUUUUCCUGUGACGGUGCAGCAUCGCCGGCCGACGUCUCCUCCAUCUCCGUGAAGAACUCAAGGUGUCUCCAGCCCCCUAAACCCCCACCUCCCCCUCUUUGUUUUUACCGCUUUUCUCUCGGACCUUGAGGAGUCUUUGUGACCACUGACUUGAAGUGUAAAAAAACGUCGUCGCCACCCGCCGCACUGAUGUUGUUUAUGUAUAUUGUACAUGAUGAUCAGCUUUAUCCAGCCAUAUGUUCAAUCUUACCUGUACAGUACAGUAGAAGACAGCUGUAUUAUUGUAACAAGAACUAGUCAUAUAUAGUGUAACUAUAGUUUGGAGUGCCUUUGCUUUCAUACACCUUCGCCUUGUCUCACCCGUCCUCACGCCGCCACCCUCAAUAUUUGACUCUCCCUUUUGGUGCUGUUGAAUUUCCUGCACUCGACCCCUCCCCCCCCUCCCCCCCUUUCCUCUCGUCGUACUUGUAAAAUACACGUAUCAGUUGUAUGGAUAUUUUUUCCGUCGAUUAUUUAAGUAGACACACAAAACCCACAGUCCUGACACGGACUUCGGGGCAUGAAGGUUGUGGUUUUGAAAGAAAAAAAAAAAAAACACAAAACAAAAAGCCUUGUAAAUAGGAGCUUCUGGACACUUCAGUGUUGGUUCUGUUACCAAAGCCAAAUCGUGAUGACCAGCCAUCAUCAGAGGCAAUAAUGUCUGCGUCCCCGGAUUCCUUUCUCUCGCCGAGAGUUCAGUAGCACCUAAAGGGGUCGAGUCAUGUAGCCUUCGUGGAAAACGCUUGCUGUAAUAACGCCUCACAGAUGAGUUGCUGUCCUUCACCACUAUGUUUUUAACUGCCUCGCCCCCCAGGACUCCCGUCGGAAUUCAAGAAAAACGCAACGGUUACCAAAAAAAACCCAUAAUAACGGUGUAUUUAUACUAGCACAGACGCUACAAUAAUGUGCUAACUGGGGUUAAAAGAAAAGAAGUUUGGACAGGAACAUCCCCUAUUUCAGUACUACUACUUGAAUGCCUCCGUUUGUGACUGAAAUCUUGGUUUCACUCUUUUCCUUUGUUCUGUGAAGGUUCUGUAAAUAUUCCAUCUGCGUGCUCUGAGGAAUAGUUCCCUGGUACUGUAAUUUGCAUUAAAUAAAGCAUAGGAUAGCCUGGAAAAACCCACUGUGGCUUGUUCUUCAGGUGGCUUCCACCGCCAACCUGCUGCUGGAGAAGGUGCGGUUGGACCU